UCGUAAAAGAAAGCAAAACAAAUCGAACUUCAAAUAGGAGGUCAAAGCUCAAGUGCUACUGACUGAGUGCUACCAUUGAAAUUGGAAACUCUUGAAUACGUAUUUGUGACGUAAUCAUCAGAAGGAUAUAAUCAUCUAUGAUAUAAUACACCUCUGCUAAUACACCGUUCGUUUCAGCACUGUACGUCUGUACCAUUUCUGACUUAGCGAAGCUGCAAUCUUUUUUUGUUGUAUAUACAGUCCAGAAAAAGUCUUUUUCGCACCAUGGUCAACUUAGGAGACGUAUUUCCUGAUUUCCAAGCUCAAACUAACUGUGGACCUAUCGAAUUUCACGACUUCUUGGGGGACAGCUGGGGAAUUUUAUUCUCCCAUCCUGCAGAUUACACACCUGUAUGUACCACUGAGCUGGGUCGUGUGGCACAGCUUGCACCAGAGUUUGCAAAACGAAAUGUUAAAUUGAUUGCACUGUCUAUUGAUUCCCCUGAAUCUCACAAUGGUUGGAUCAAAGAUAUCCAGAGUUAUUGUUCUCUUGGUGAAAAUUUCCCAUUCCCAAUCAUUGCUGAUGAUAAACGGGAACUUGCUGUGAAAUUUGGCAUGUUGGAUCCUGAUGAGGUCAAUGCACAAGGAUUGGUUUUAACCUGCAGAGCUGUAUUUAUUAUUGGACCAGACAAGAAAUUGAAGUUGUCUCUUCUUUAUCCUGCCACAACUGGGCGAAAUUUUGACGAGAUACUACGUGUCAUUGAUUCACUCCAACUGACAGCAAAGUUCAAGGUUGCCACACCUGCAGACUGGAAGGAUGGUGAAAAAGUAAUGGUUGUUCCUUCAGUUAAAAAUGAAGAUUUAAGCGUGCUGUUUAAAGCACGUGUAGAAGAAGUCAAAGUACCUUCUGGGAAAGGCUAUAUCAGGAUGACUGAACAUCCAAAAUAAGCUGAAUUAAGAUGGGAACAAAUAACCAAAUAGAUAAAAUGCAUUACUUAAAAUAUAAAACACUAACAAUGUGAUGCAUAAUUUAGUAUCAUAGUCCUAGUACACUUUGUCUAAUUUGUGUUGUACAUGUAAUGAUCCAGGGUUAUAAAUAAUAAUCAUAAUUGGUAUUUGUGUUGUACACCUUCUGCACAGUUUCUGCUAUGUUUAGUUUUUGGUUCAUUCAUUUACAUAACAGUUCUUAGUCUUUAGGUAGCUGCAUAGCAAUUUGACAAGUUUCUACAGUUUAUGCUGAGGAUGUUUUGGUAAAAUAAGCUAGAAACAGCCCAAAUUUCUCCUUAUUCUACUCUGAUAAUGCUAUAUAUAAUUUAUCAAUUAGUGGC